AUGGAUUACUUCCCUUCCAUAUCCAGAACAUUCUUUUCUGAUGUAGUGAAAACUAGAAAUUUCGUCAGACGUAUUUUAUGAAACGCGCAAAACAAACGGUCUCAAUAUUCGUAAAGCAACAACUAAGUGAAAAGUAGUGUGCGCUUCCGUGGAUGAUAAUUUGUAUCGGGUGAUCUUAUUCGAGGGCACAAUGUUUCACAGAAUUGGAAAUAACGCUAGGCCACUUGUGCGAAAGUUGAAUUCGUGCCGGUCGCUAUGUACAAAGCGGAACAUACCUGUCAACUCGCCGAGCAGCAGGGAUCUCUGGUCGGACUUCUUCAGGGGACCCAGAUUCGUUUGGCACGGACCGUGGCGCUCGCCCUUCCGGGAAAUGGAGGAUAUGAUGCGCGCUGUGGAGAGCGUGUUCCAGCGGAUGACCCCGCGUGCGUUUGACGUCUACUACACUAGACCACGUGACGUGCCUGAGGGCUCGCCGGCCAGCGAGGUGUCCAAGCUGAAAUACGACAACAAGGUUUUUGAGCUGAAACUUGAUGUCCAGAAUUUCGCGCCAAAUGAACUUGAGGUGAAAUUGGCGGGAGAUUGCCUCACUGUGCGCGGGAAACACGAGCAGAAAGCAGACGAACACGGCUUUGUGUCUCGCGAGUUCCACCGACAAUUCACGGUCCCAGCUGAGGUCGAUGCUGACUCAUUCCAUUCGUGGGUGUCGGAUGACGGAAUCCUGACAGUCCGAGCUGUCGUGAAGAACGCCGGAGAACCGCCGGCGAAAACCAUUGAGAUCAAAACGGAAACUAAGAAAGCAGACGACAAGACCGGAGGCUCUGCUGAUUGAGUCUUUGACAAGAUACCGAUCCGUUGUGUUAAAACAUUGUAAUGCAUUACAAUAAGACACCCUACUUGUCAUAUCGUAAAUGAAGUUCAUCUUAAUGUUGUUUAAGUUUUAAACGUGUAAGAUCAGUGCAGUUAAACUUCAAUACCAGAAUGUCGACUAGUUUUUGUUUCUUUGAAAGACAAUGUCCUUAAAUUCUAAAGAAUGUCUAUUCGUUCAUCUUUUCAAAUCACCGUGGAAGAAUGUUUGUUGAGCUUCGUGUUAUUUUUCUAUACGAAAACCCUUUUCAGACAAAGAUUUGUUUUCUUGCAAUCUGCGCUGAUUGUAUUUAUGGCAAAAGAUUCCUCUCGUUAUAAAGAGCAUUAACUGAAAUAAAGAAUAUAAAUCUUAUUUAGCAUCGAUAAUAUCAUUGUAAUGUUGUACAAUAUAUCACGUGGAUGAAAUUAAGGUAAAUUAUAAGUAUAAAAUACCAUCUGCAAAAUUUGUAGUUAUAAAUAAUAUGAUAAGUAAUAAAGGACAGAGUCUGUAAUAACGGAUAUCCCGAUACGUAAUACAAAAUAUAAUUUUGUGAUAAACAAUAUUUCUGUAAUAAAUGAUGUAAAUAGUAUUGAAUGAUAAUGCUGAUACGCACAAUUGACAAUUGUAAUCAUAAAAUAUCAGGCAUGUAUAUGUCUCUUAUGAAAAUGAUAUCAACUGUAGUACAGGAUAAUUUUGGAAAUAAAAUAAUAAGUGUCA